AUGGUUAAUUAUACUGAUCCUCCCGGCCGUGGAAGCGAAUCUGCUAAGUGCCGGGAUUCUGUCGGAAACUGUCCCCCUUCGACCAAAAAACGUACGUAUCAGAUGAUUGGCUUUGCUCAAUCCGCGUUGAAUCAAACUCAGAUAGAAAUUCGGUUAUCUUGCGUUGAAGAAAAUGUCGAUAUGGUCUUCCAAGUGGAGUAUGCCCUCCGCUCUUCACCGUGUGACAAGGAGUUUUUCGAUGCAAAGAGAGCAGAUAAUCUCAGGAAGCUACUGACAUUCUACUUCUCUGAUCCAGACCACAUUCCUGACACUUACAGCUACGAUAAAAUUGUGUACUAUAAAUCGAAGCCGCAGAACUUUUCUUGCAGAGAUUCGCAUGGCUCCAUAAUCUUUUCGGAAGCUGAUCCUCAUGCAAUGAUGGUCAAAAAUGUCACAACCUUGCUUCAAUUUCAAGAUAGACGUGACAAGCGAAGUAACCCCAUUGUUUCCACAUCGCUCUCGUCGUGGAAUCCAGCACAAACUAUACCUGCAGAUGGCAUCUAUUUCUUGGUAAUGAAGAUAAUCGGUGUUUCGUAUCCUUCGUCUUCACCAUCCGAGGAGCAUAAUGUCACGAUCACUGUAAAGUGGAAGCAGCCGCACGGAUUUCUCAGCGCCAUUGACUAUCCUUUACUCAGAUAUUUUGAGGAUUCAAUACUGGAUAGGUUGGCUUUUAAUCAUUUGAUAAUUCACCAGCCACAUUGCAUGCACGUAACAGGAGCCGUUAUCAUUCUUGGUAUGAUUGAGAAAGCGUUUUUCUUGGCCGAAUAUUCAACGAUGAAUACUAGUGGGAGAAGCGUUGAAGGAGUUUUGGAGCUUGCGGAGUUGGUGUCAUGUGCAAAAAGGACUAUGUCACGAGUUUUGGUCAUAAUUGUGUCUGUAGGCUAUGGAGUGGUGAAGCCUCGACUUGGAAACACACUUAGUCAGGUAUGUUGGUUAAUUCAGCGUUUACUUCUUUGUAUAGACUGUUCAUAGUG